CAUAUCUACCCUCACUCAAGAACAUUCCGCUUUCCUUUAGCUCCUCCGAUCCUGGAGGGGCUUGCCCCGCCCGGAAGGACUGGGGAUGAGAUGGCAGGGGUAGGGGUUCGCGCUGGGAGGAGGGGGUGGUCUCGCGCCGCCGCCGCCGCCGCCGCCUCGCGCUCGCGCCCGUGCUCGCGCCUUUCCUCCUUCCUCCCCCUUCUCCCUUCGUUCCUCCCUUCCCCCACCCUUGCUGGGGCCCCGGCGGCGCUGCCCAAUGAACAGCGGCGUUGCUGGCAGGUGGGGAGUGUUUUUGUUUUGGGUUGAAGUUGAGGCUGGGGGGGAGAAAGGAGAGGAGAUCGAGAGAGAAGAGAAGAGAAGAGAAAAGAAGAGAAGAGAGCCAGUGACCAGUUGCGGUGGCCCUCUCCUGCGAGAGGUGGUGGAGGGCCUGCCGGAGUCGCCGCUGCCGCGGCCUCCUCUCUCCGAGCUGGUGCCCACUUCCCUUGCCCUCUCUGCUCCGGGCCGUUCCGGCUGUCCCCGCGGGCCCCGGGCAGGCUUUCCGUCUGCACGCCGCAGCGCCGGGUCGCGGCCGCGCCCGCGCCCGCCAUCCCCAUGAGGAGGGACAUGAACGGAGUGACCAAGAGCAGGUUUGAGAUGUUCUCAAACAAUGAUGAAGCUGUCAUCAAUAAAAAGCUUCCCAAAGAACUACUGUUGAGGAUUUUCUCUUUUUUGGAUGUUGUUACAUUGUGUCGCUGUGCUCAAGUCUCCAGGGCUUGGAAUGUUCUAGCUCUAGAUGGCAGCAACUGGCAACGAAUUGACCUGUUUGAUUUCCAGAGGGAUAUUGAGGGCCGAGUAGUAGAAAAUAUUUCUAAAAGAUGUGGUGGUUUCUUACGAAAGUUAAGUCUACGUGGGUGUCUUGGAGUAGGAGACAAUGCAUUAAGGACCUUUGCACAAAACUGUAGGAAUAUUGAAGUACUGAAUCUAAAUGGAUGUACAAAGACCACAGAUGCCACAUGUACCAGCCUUAGCAAGUUUUGUUCCAAACUCAGGCACCUUGACUUGGCUUCCUGUACAUCGAUAACCAACAUGUCUCUAAAAGCACUAAGCGAGGGAUGUCCACUGCUGGAACAACUGAACAUUUCGUGGUGUGACCAAGUGACCAAGGAUGGUAUCCAGGCUCUAGUGAGAGGCUGUGGAGGGCUCAAAGCCUUAUUUCUUAAAGGCUGCACGCAGCUUGAGGAUGAAGCUCUCAAAUACAUUGGCACACACUGUCCUGAAUUGGUGACUUUAAAUCUACAGACCUGCUUACAAAUCACAGAUGAUGGUCUCAUUACAAUAUGCAGAGGCUGCCACAAGUUGCAGUCUCUCUGUGCCUCUGGCUGCUCCAACAUCACAGAUGCGAUCCUGAAUGCCCUUGGUCAAAACUGUCCUCGGCUUAGAAUAUUAGAAGUGGCAAGGUGUUCUCAGCUAACAGAUGUAGGCUUCACUACUCUGGCUAGGAACUGCCAUGAGCUUGAAAAAAUGGACCUUGAAGAAUGUGUCCAGAUAACAGAUAGCACAUUAAUUCAACUCUCUAUACACUGUCCAAGACUUCAGGUGUUGAGUCUGUCUCAUUGUGAGCUGAUUACUGAUGAUGGAAUCCGUCACCUGGGGAAUGGGGCCUGUGCCCAUGACCAGCUAGAGGUGAUUGAGCUGGACAACUGUCCACUAAUCACAGAUGCAUCCCUGGAGCACCUGAAGAGCUGCCACAGCCUUGAGAGGAUAGAACUGUAUGAUUGUCAGCAAAUCACACGGGCUGGAAUCAAAAGACUCAGGACCCAUUUACCCAAUAUAAAAGUUCAUGCCUACUUUGCACCUGUCACUCCGCCUCCAUCAGUAGGGGGCAGCAGACAACGCUUCUGCAGAUGCUGCAUCAUUCUAUGACAUUGGAGGUGGUCAGCCUUGGCGAACUAAGUAUUUAAUGACACUUCUAGAGUUACCACGGAGUCUCUCCAGCGGAAUCGACCCCAGUGUUCUGAGCAAGGGCCAGAAUAGAGGGCUGUGUCCGGAUCCCCCAAGCCACACAUACACAUGCAUAAACACCCACACCGUCCACUCCAGCUGAUGUACUCUGUGACAGUGGGACUUUGAAUCUGUGUUGGCUUUUUUCUGACAGGUAGAUUGGUGUAACUUAAAACCAUUCCUACUGGGCAUGCUCAGAAGAGAAUCACAGUCCAAGGUGGGGGGCGUUCCAGCAAACCCAGGUUCACUGCUGCUGGGAUUUGUUUGUUCUUUUGGUUUGGGGUUUCUUUUGGGGAUGUGAGAACACUAAUGAGAGCUCUCCAAAGAGAAGGAGAGUAUGGACAAAUACAGUAAAUGUUGCAUCCAGGGACCAGAAAGAAAAAUCCUUCCUCCCAUGAGAGAAUGAAGAUGGCAGCCAUCCAUCAAGAGACUGUAUUACAAUGCUUCUCUACUUCCUUGUUUGCAUACCAACAUGCUGAGCAUGCUCAUAUCGAAGGCUCAUCAGUUAGAAUAUUCAGUUCAGAGAUUUCCUAGAUGGUCACAGUGAUUUAACUUGAAAUCUCUGAUAUCCAAAGUUGUUUCUUUUGUUCACUUAUUCAUUGUGUGGUUCUCCCUAGCUGUUUUCUGUGUGUUGGUCUGCGUCCAUGUCUAAAUUUUUUCUUUGUGUUGUUUGCUAAAGCAUUCUUUCCAUACUGUCUCUUGCCUGCUCACCUGCUGUCUUCCAAUUUAAAGUUUUCCAUUUGGGGUGACUUAGGUUGAGGCUACUGGAUACUUUUUAAAGAAAAGUUAUUUAUUGGUAAAAAUGUUUUAAAAUUCCACUUUUUUAUCAUUAGAAAGACUGCCUGAGGCUGUCUGAGAAGCUCUAAAGAGCAGAUGAGGGGAAAUGAGCUGAAUCUAAGCUCUUGCCCCUUCUUUAUGGGAACAACUCAGGUUUUUGCCUUGUGAGUUCCUCCUUAAGAGAACAUAGUUUUGUGACCUAUGAGACAUAGGUGGCUAUGUGCAAUAACGUCAUGCUCCCUAUGUUUUCUUGAGCUGAAUCCCAUUAAUCACUUGAGUGUCUUGCAUAAGGCAUGAAAGAGAGUGGUGUUUUUAGAGCAGAAUUGAUUGGGGAAAAUGCCAACCCUUAGCCUAAAAACCCCUGGCCCCUCUUUGAAUGUCAUGCUGUGAACUGAGAUUUACAUAAGUUUAACAACAUUGCAAAUUUUCAUGAUGGCCAAGUGUUUUGUCUCAGAAUACUGGUAGAUGAAACAUUGCUGUUUGUGCUGCCAAUUCUUCUUAUCUGUCUCUUCUUCUCCUCCCACUUUCUCCACCCCCAACACCUUCACCAACUUGAGCCCUAUGAUAGUCGUGUGUGGCUAUUUGAAUUUAGGGUCACCAAUUUUAGGUCUGAUGUUGGUAGUUCAAAGGACCAGCAGAUCCUUUUCAAAGAGGUCACCCACAGUCUUUUGUUGAUAUACUCUCCAGAGAGUCAUGUGGGGUUGGACUCUUGAGAAUUCUGGGAAUAGCCUCCACAAGGCCUAAGAUAAUUAGUACAGAUGGGGGUGGUCUUUGGCCCUACUUACACAUUGUGCUUGAGAAUGAGAGAGAAAGAUGUUCAGUGCUCAUGAUUAAAAGAAUUAACAACAGAGCAUGACCCUCCACAUCUAGUAUCUGAUGGGAAUAAUACUGUACUCUUGUGCAGAAAAAUUGGGGGAGGUUGGGAAAAGGAGUUAAUUUUCUAAAGCACAAGUAACAGAUUUCUAGACCUUCAGAUUUGGAGCUUUUUAUUGUUGGUUUACAGGAGUUUGCUUUUUCAGUCAAGAUAGACUUUUGUCAUCUUCUAACUGAUCUAAGCAGCUCCAAGGGUAAUUUUUCCCAUUUCAGGUGAUGGCUCUCUUGUAAGACCACCAGCAUAUGUUGAACUAAACUGGGUCUUUUUUCUUCAUUGAUUAGAAAGGCAUCCGUAGAUGAGAGUGCUAGGAAGGAGCCUAUGACAUUACCCACCAUUUUUAUUGUGUUUAAUUUUGAUUUUGAUCUUAUUUUGCUCAGAACCUCAAAGAACUUUCUCUCUUCCCAGUUCCUCAUUUUGGGAAUACCUAAAAAAAAUUAACAAAACUUAACCAAGUUUGUAAAGUGACUGAUUCAGCAGAUUUGGUAGUUUCAUUACCAUAGCUGAUGACAUCUUUGUAUUAAAUUUUUUAAAGUGUAAUGGGGAAAGGGAUGCUGAAAACUAAUAGUAACAUCAUAUUCAAGGCCCUUUUUCAGAAAAAAUGCUUAUUGUUCAGGUCUGUUCCGGUUCAUUGUUUAGGACCAUAAAAUUCCUUACCAGUCCACUGGGGGAGGAGAGAAGGAAGAAUGUGGAAGUGGGUGGUAGCAGUGGACCUUAUUAGGCCAUCCAAGGCACAUUCUGAACAGAUGUCAAUUUGAAACACUUACCCCCAAAUCAAAAUUAUUCCUUUUCAGGGGCAUAACUUCUCCUAAUUCAGUAAGUUCUAACUAUGGAAAUCUGUCUCAGGUGCAGAUUAGGACUGAUUUGUCUUGAUCUGGUAUGCCUUGCUGUAGAAAGGAGAGUGCCAGUCUCUUAGGAAUCAUGGGGAAGAGAUCUUGAAUGAAGCUUCUGGUAUAUUGUUUUAAGUCUAUAAUGGGUUGCACUGGCCAAUUUAAUUUAAUGCUUUAAGCAUUAGGAUUUAGACUUUACUUAUUUUUGGUGACAACUGUGAUCCUUUCAAGCUUGGAAAGAAUUCUCAUUAGAAUGCUUCAGAAUGAUUAUAAAGAGAAUCCCUUUGCCUUCAUUCAACUAAACCCUAAAGACUUGGAGAAGGCUAUCAUAACUUUUAAAAACAUAAGAUGUAAUGAUCUUACCUUGAUUGGAAAGAAGUGUGAAUUGAUCAUUUUUCUCAUUCACCCAUAACGUAAAAUCCUAUCAAUGACUAUGAUCUUAAAAGGUCUUAGGCCAAAUCCUUCUUCCUCUUAAACAUGUGGCAGGCCAUUCGCCUGUUUUUGCUGGCCCUCUUAGUUACCACUUGUAGUAGAGAACACAGGAUCUUGAAUAACUCAAGAGUUCUUCUCCUUACAGAAUUGGUUUCAGGGCAAAAAGAAACCCUACCCAACUAAGUUAUCAUAAGCCAGGAGACAUUGGUGCUAUUCCAACUGAAGUGAAUUCAUGAAUGUCAGUCAUGAAUUUUCUGAUUGUUCUUUUCUACCUAUCACCAUCCCUCCAAACUUUAACCAAGUAAGGCCCUCUUCCUGAUUUUAUUUCUAUACUUCUUCUCAAGACUUUUUUUUUUAAGCCAUUGCCCCUUUUCCACUCUAAAUAAAAUUUCUGCCACAUCCCAACAGUACUAAAGUCAUGUCAGUUGUCUCUAAUGCCUUUCCCUCCAAUUUAUUCUUCGCAAAAAAAUAAAAAAAAAAACUGACCAAAUUUGGACUCUGCCAUUCUCUGGUGAGUUAGACCAUUUUUCAUUAGGUCUCAGGUUUGCUUGUUGAGUUAGAAUAAGCUUGAAAGCAAGCCUUUCAUUGGAUUUAUCCUAGGAGAAAGGGUUUCUGGCUUCAGUCUUGUUUUUCUUUGCAAUAUUAGAACUAUGAUGAAUAUGAAAGUACAUUGUACUCUUAUUUCUCUAUAUGUUAUUUCCUUCUAUUCUAAUUUCAUCUCUAACAUGAUAUUUUGGGAUACUGCUAUGUUAAAGAGAUUUUUAAAUAAUCUUUGUACAUUUCCAAUAAUCUCCACAUCCAUUAGACUUAUUUUAUCAGAUACAAAGUCAGAAACUUGUUACAUGUUCUUUUAAUCAUAUAUUCCAGAAAGAUUCCUCUGAAAUAUUUUUAUGCAAUCUUCAUCCCGAUUGUGUCCCCCGCUGAACAUUAAAGUAUAACUAUAGUGAUACCAAAUUAACCAGAAUUUAAAAUAUAGAAAAUGCACCAAUUGUAGGACAGGGAGGGGGUUUAAAGGUAAGAUUUUUAAAAAAGUACCUUGAAGUUGAAUGAUGGGGAAACAGCAGCAUUUUGGGUAUUAUAAGCUGUAAUGGGGAACAUCUGUGUGUCCUUAUUUGCUUUUUUUAUCCCUAUCAACAGUGUGUCAAGAAAUUUAAUAAACUUUUGGAAGAUUUCUUUUUGUUGUUGGGGAGAGGGGUUGGAGGGGGUUGUAAGGAGGGAAAGUUAUUAAUGCAUUAUGAUUGAGCCCUGGCCACUAUCUAAAUCGCUGCUGCUACCCCAUAGACCUCUAUCAUUAAUUACUCCACCAUAGGGAUAGAUUGGAAAAAAUAAAUGUUGUGCAACCAUUAUUGAAGGGUAGAAUGAGAAUAUGGGUGAUGAGGAUAUCAAUUUUCAUUGUGUCCCUCUGCUAACAGAUGAUCUGUAGGAGCUUCUGAAGCUUUUCAGAAAGAUUGUCUCCUCCAUCAACUACUUAGCUGUUCUGCCUUGUGUCCCUCAAAUCUGUUGAUUAUAGAACCUUUGGGCAAAAAUAAAGUGUCUGAGAUGUAGAUCUUGAAGCAGAACUGCCCAGUGAGGUCUGAUAACUCCAAAGGUCUCCAUUGGGACACAAUGAGUUCUUAGCAUGGUAUUCUUUUCAGAGUUCCUCAUUUCUCAGUAUUAUUUCCUCAUUUCUGCUCUUUAUAACUGUCAUCUCAACUUUGGGACUUUGUGCUAGAGAAUUUCAGGAACUAAUCCCAAAUCUAUACAUUGUGUCCCAAUGGAGUCCCAUUUAAAUUUCAGCAGCAAGCGGCUUCAUUAUAAUUGCACAUAGAUGUGGUAUUAAAAAGUUAUGUUACUUUCAUUUCUGGCUUCUUUAUGUAUGUAUAUGAUGUAUAGUCACAUUUCAAACUAUAACUAAACCACAGUGUCUUCUUGGCUGCAUCAUUGUAGGGGCCACCAGGAUUGAUAAACCCAUGUGAGUCUUCAGAUUCUGUAAAAAAAAUUGCCAUAUGGUCAUUUGUAGUAUGACUAUCUUCUAGAGUCUUUUGCAUUGGGUUUGUGCUUUUUGUUUAUUUUUGUUUUGGUUGGGGAAGCAUUAAGUUAAGGAAAGGAGCAAAUGACUGUUAGGGUGUCUUGCCUUAGGGUAGAAGAAUCUACUCUUUGGGUCAGUUCCUGGCCUGGAAACACCCAAUAUCAUCAAAUUGUAGAUAAUUUUCCUACUUUGUGAUUAUUUCCUUUUUCCUACCCCACCAACCCAUUUGUCCGUUUCAUACUAAAGUUAUUAAUGAAUAAUAAUAAUUUCAUUCCCUCUCCUCCUUGAUUUCUUUUUUUUGUUUGUUUGUUUGGCUCUCCAGUCUAUAUGUUGGAGGUUAGAAGGGAUUGCUAAUCAAGUGAUAUUUCCCUAUAAGUCCUAGCUGUGUCAAAAUUGGUACAAUUGAAAUAGGUGGCAGUUGGGAGCUUCCUACUUUGGGAUCUGGAAGAAUGUAGGUUGGCUAAUCCUCACAGUAUGCUACCUUCUGAAAGAUUUUUUUUAAAGCCAUGUCCAUGCUUUCCUCUAAGGGCCCUAAGAAGUCUUUAAAAGAGAUGUAGUGUCCCAGAAGAAAACUGCCCCAAACAUUUCUCCCACAGCAGCUUCUCUUGCCUACCGACACUGUUCUCAAACCCACACAACUGCUGCUCAUGUACAUAUAGGUGUGUCUGUACACACGUAUGUGUUUCUUAUCUUGGCCCUGAUUUCUUGGCCCCUGAAAUAAUGCUUGUUACUCUUUGUAAGGCACUGGAGGAUGAGAAAAUAAAGUCUUAAGCCCUACUUUCAAGAGCUAACUGGCAUGAUUUGACCAGUUAUACUUUUUAAAAUUAAUAUUUGAGUUGUUUUCUUCCUUUGUGCUAUAUAACACUGUAAUGAGCAAAACUUUUGCUGCUAUUUUCCUGGGUUUGUGUAUUAGGAUGUUAUUCCUCUGUCCCAAACCCUUCUCCCCAUACCCAUAGCCAAUACUCCCCCCACCCCCACCUCAAAUAAGUUCUUUUAUAUGUCACUUGGCUGUUACUUUCUGAGUGACCAGGGGGCUUGAUGAGGAGAGGUAAGCCUGAACUCUGAUGUUUUUUCAAUGAAACACUAACCUCUUAUCCUUUUCGAGCCAACUGGCAUGUUUACAAGACCUACCUAAAGCAGCUUCUUGAAGUCUCCUGCCCUGAGGAAAACAUGUCCAAGCUAGCCCCUACUUCCUCCUUUUUUAAUGAGCUCUAGAAGAGAUAAUAGCAAGUGAGAGAGGAGGAUGUCAGUGGUGUCAGCCUAUCUAUCACCAUACCACGUUUAACUUCCCAAAGACAGCUAUGGCUUUAUUUUCUCUCUUCCUGGAGGUUGUUCCUAAAAAGCCUGGCAACUCUGCACUAGCCAACUAGUCUGUUCACCUUUGCCCAUUUUACAGUGUCCCCCAAGAGCCAUAGACUGAGAGGCCUUUCUUGUGCAGGGCCUAUGAAAUUCUGCUGGGGGAGAGCCUCUGGGGGCAAAAGGCAGACAAAUGGUGCUGUUGGGAGGUAGUUCAUCUUCACCAAACCAGGAUAUGUUUCAGUACCUCCUUCCACCACUACCACCCCCACAAACAUACCCCUCAUUCCCCCAUUGGAAAGAAACAGAUUCCAAACAUUCCUGCCACCUGAAAUUUCACAGAAUCCUUUACCCAGAGUGUUUUUUCAUGUGCUGAGAGUUGCUGUUGAAUUAAUAUUUCUCCUCCAGGUACAUUCACAAAGCUUUCUUAACCAGUUGUUUGAGGCUGCCAUGGUUCCCAAAAUGAUAACUUUUACUUAAUACAAGAUUCCUUUAGCUGUGCACAUGGCUGUGUUUCUUUCCUCCCAAUUAUUUCAAGGUCUAGGGUUGGGGGGAGGGCUAUUUAAAAAAAAAAAAAGAAAAGAAAAUCCAGGGUUUGCAAUAGAGUAUUUCUUUUGCUUUCAUCUGAUGAAAUCUUUGGAUUUCAAAAAAGGAAAAAAAAGGUUUUUUUAUAUAUAAAUAUAUAUAUAAAGUAAAUUGUUAUGUAACUAUUAUUGUUUCAUGUAUGUUCUAAUUUUGUUUUAUGAUGUAAUUAAAGGAAAUAAGCUGUGAA